GUGAGAGCAUGUUGAUGGGUUUUUGUUGCUCAUCUCUUGUAAUAGAGCAUCUGUUUGUUACUGAUAAUGGUGUGACUUUUCUCUGAAGAGCAAUUAUAGGUAGGCGUUAUGGUUUCACUGAAAACACCUGGAAAAGAGAACGGGUUUCGUCCCAAUCUUAAGAGGCUUAGAGUUGAUGCAGUUCGAGAUUUCCCUGAAGGUUGUGGACGAGUUGUGCCUCGAGUGCAGCCAAGUAAAUGUGAAGAGAGUUAUGGAGAUAUGAACACAUUACCAAGUAAAAACCACCCCCUGUCUAGUCAUAGAGUUGCUAUUGAUGUUGUUCGAGAUUUUCCUGAAGGUUGUAAAAUGGUAGGAUCUUAUUUGAAGUAUGCUGGAAGGAAGAGUUUGAUGGUUCCAUUUGUCAAGGAUAAAGAAGGUGAGCGGCAUGUUGUUUGUAACAAUUUCGGUACUGCAGACGUGGUUGAUAAAGCUGAAAUUAGGGUGAAGAAAGCUUUGGCUGCAUAUCAAGAGACGUUGACCAAGAUGGGUGGACAGUGUGAUGCUAAUUCUGACAAACUAGAGGGUUGGAAAUUAUACACUGAAGCAGCAAUGUACCUCAAGAAGAAAUAUAAAUGGGUUAACACGAAGAAACAAAUAGGGCAUAUUCCAGGAGUGAAGGUUGGUGACAAGUUCCAGUAUAGAACUGAAUUAGCGAUUGUUGGCCUUCAUAGUCACUUUCAAUGUGGUAUUGAUUAUAUGACGAAGAACGGGAAUCCAAUUGCCACAAGUGUGGUUGAAUCUGGCCGCUAUGCCAACAAGACAAAAUCCCAUGAUGUGCUGAUAUACACAGGUCAAGGUGGAAAUCCAAAGGUUACAAAAGGGAAAGCAGAAGACCAAAAGGCCAAGCAUGGAAAUCUGGCACUGAUGAAUAGCAAGGCUGCAAGAACUCCUGUGAGGGUAAUCCGAAGCUACAAAUUUGCAGAGGAAUCAGGUUAUGUGUAUGAUGGUCUUUAUAUUGUGGAUGAUUACUGGCAAAAAAGAGGGGAAUUUGGUAAACUUGUGUAUGAAUUUUUGUUGAGGAGGAAUUCAGAUCAACCGAAAUCUCACAUUUUGCAACAGUUGGUGAUGCCAAGAUGAAGAACUGUUGCUGCUGAUAUAGUGUAGAGGAGGAUGUUCAACUGAAGAUGGUGGAAGUAAUAUGAGU